UUUCCCCUUCUAAUAUAUCUUUGCUUUUCCAAGAACGAAAGGUCAAAAGCAUAUAUUCCAUUCCGCCUUUACCUUCUAACAUGUCUUUGCUUUUCCUCCAAAUCCUUCCCCACCGAAACACCAUAGAUGCUCCUUCGUUUGGGUUCCUCACUGUGUUCCCUACAGCUACAGCCCAGACCAAUGGCCGCCGCAUCCUCCAAAGCCAUAACCGAUUUCUUCCAACCAAACCCAGCCAAGCGCCAGAAACUCUCCACUGCUUCCGAUCAUCACCCACUUCCCUCUCUCACCACCCAGCAACAGUCUCGGAUGGAGUCAAACAAAUGUCUCGCCAAAUCAAAACCCAACCUCGAAAUCUGUUCCCAAAAGGUGUCGCAGUCCAAGGUUGAAGGAUCAGGCUACGUCAAACUGCAGGAACUCUUGGUGGAGGAGACGUGGCUCGAAGCCCUACCUGGAGAGCUUGAGAAGCCUUACGGUACUAACUUGUGCAAAUUUGUUGAAAGAGAGAUAUCCAGUGGCAGCGUGCCCAUUUAUCCUCCCCAGCAUUUGAUUUUCAAUGCCCUUAAUUCCACUCCAUUUCACAGGGUCAAAGCAGUUAUCAUUGGACAGGACCCUUAUCAUGGACCUGGUCAAGCAAUGGGGCUCGCAUUUUCAGUGCCAGAGGGAGUGAAGGUUCCCUCAAGUCUGGUGAAUAUAUUUAAGGAACUUAAGCAGGAUCUUGGCUGUUCAAUUCCAUCUCAUGGAAAUCUAGUGAAGUGGGCGGUUCAGGGUGUUCUUUUGCUCAACACUGUUCUCACAGUUAGGAAGCAGCAAGCUAAUUCUCAUGCAAAGAAAGGCUGGGAGCAAUUUACUGAUGCUAUUAUUAGGACUAUCUCACAAAAGAAGGAAGGAGUUGUUUUUCUCCUCUGGGGGAAUUCAGCUCAAGAGAAAUCCAGGUUGAUUGAUCAUACAAAACAUCACAUUCUCAAGGCAGCACACCCUUCUGGUUUGUCUGCAAAUAGAGGCUUCUUUGGUUGCAGGCAUUUCUCCCGCACAAACCAGCUUUUGGAGCAAAUGGGGAUUCCCCCUAUAGAUUGGCAACUUUGAUUUCAAGGGUCAUGUUUCCCGCGGACAGUUUGUAUGCAGACUAAUCCAUUUGUGUCUACUUGAAUUUUGCUAGAAAGGUAAAAGUUUGGGGAUUUGCUGUAAAAAUUUGUUUGCCUAUUUUCAAAGAUGCUUAUGAUUUUGCGUAUUUGCAAAAAUUUGUCUUGUUCUUUGCUGUAUACUUCUCAUAAACAAUAAUAAUCAAUGGGAUCCCUUGCAGGUUGCAUGUAAACAUCAUGUUUCA